UAUCUAUUUAAAAAUUGCAGGAUAUUUUACUUCAAAUAAAGAACAUGGUGAAACUGAUCCACACGUUAGCCGAUCAUGGUGAUGAUGUCAACUGCUGUGCCUUCUCCUCUUCUCUCUUGGCUACUUGCUCCUUGGACAAAACAGUUCGCUUGUACUCCCUAAGUGACUUUACUGAACUGCCACACUCUCCGUUGAAGGGUCACACCUAUGCCGUCCACUGCUGCUGCUUCUCCCCUUCAGGACAUAUUUUGGCUUCAUGUUCAACAGAUGGUACCACCGUCCUAUGGAACACUCACAAUGGACAGACAUUGGCAGUGAUGGAACAGCCCAGCGGGAGCCCUGUGAGGGUUUGCCGGUUCUCCCCAGACUCCACGUGCUUGGUAUCAGGGGCAGCUGAUGGAACUGUUGUUUUGUGGAAUGCGCAGUCAUACAGGUUACAUAGAUGUGGUUGUGUCAAGGAUGGCUCCUUGGUGGCCUGUGCAUUUUCUCCCGACGGGAACCUCUUUGUCACUGGCUCCUCCUGUGGUGAUCUAACAGUGUGGGAUGAUAAAAUGAGGUGUCUGCAUAGUGAAAAAGCACAUGACCUUGGAAUUACCUGCUGCGAUUUUUCUUCACAGCCAGUUUCUGAUGGAGAGCAAGGUCUUCAGUGUUUUCGAUUAGCAUCAUGUGGUCAGGAUUGCCAGAUCAAAAUUUGGGUGGUUUCUUUCAGCCAUAUCUUAGGCUUUGAAUUAAAAUAUAAAAGUGCACUGAGUGGGCACAGUGCUCCUGUUCUGGCUUGUGCUUUUUCUCACAAUGGGCAGAUGUUAGUCUCAGGAUCUGUGGAUAAGUCUGUCAUAGUGUAUGACAUUAAUUCUGAGAAUAUACUUCACACGUUGACUCAGCAUACCAGGUAUGUCACAACCUGUGCCUUUGCACCCCAUAUCCUUUUACUUGCUACUGGUUCAAUGGACAAAAGAGUGAACAUCUGGCAGUUUGACCUGGAAACACUUUGCCAAGCAAGGAGCACAGAAGAUCAACUGAGGCAGUUUACUGAAGAUUGGUCCGAAGAUGAUGUCUCAACGUGGCUUUGUGCACAAGAUUUAAAAGACCUCGUUGGUAUUUUCAAAAUGAAUAACAUUGAUGGGAGAGAAUUGUUGAAUCUUACAAAAGAAAGUCUGGCUGAUGAUUUGAAAAUUGAAUCUUUAGGGCUCCGUAGUAAAGUUCUGAGGAAAAUCGAAGAGCUCAAGACAAAGCAGAAAACCCUUUCUUCUGAAAUUCCUGAUGAAUUCAUAUGUCCAAUCACUAGGGAGCUUAUGCAAGAUCCUGUCAUCGCAUCAGAUGGCUAUUCGUAUGAAAAGGAAGCAAUGGAAAAUUGGAUAAGCAAAAAUAAGCGAACAAGUCCCAUGACAAAUCUUACUCUUCCUUCAGUGGUACUUACACCAAAUAGGACUCUGAAAAUGGCCAUCAAUCGAUGGCUAGAGACUCAUCAAAAAUAAAAUUUGUAUUAUUUUGUAUUAUUUACAUUUUAUCAUUGAUCUCAUUUGAAUGAUUUAAAGGUAAAUACUAUUGGAACAUUAUUAAAAGCAAAAUGGAAGGAGAAGGUAAACUUCUUAAAUUUAGUUACCUAUAAAAAUAAUUAGUAUCUAUAUUUCAUUCUAACCUCUUUAUUUUUACAAAAGCCUUUUUUUUACCAGUGAAAAAACAAUCUUAACCUCUAGAGAAAUGAAGUUUUACUGACUUUAAACUGCAACGUUCAAUUUUAUUAGAUAUAGGUCAUAUCCCAUUCCAAUCAAAGAUUGGAAUAAUCUAGAAUAUAACAUAUUUAAAUCGUAGUUAAUAGUCAUUCAUUUGAUAAAACUUUGGAAUCCUUUUCUAAAGAUAAUUUGUAGCAAAAUAAUUGUAGUUUGUUUAUGACUAAAUAAUGAGCAAUUCUGUUGGAUUCUAGAUUUUCAAGGUGGUAAUUUUCUCCAUUGUCCAAAACCACUGUACAAGUUCAGUGUAAUAAAUUAUCAUGAAUAUCAAGUUAACUUUGCUGAAAUAUAUAAAGUGGCAGAUUAGCCUUUUUUUUUUUUUUGGAUGUAGAAUUCUUGAAGUUCCCACAUAAUAUUCCAAGCUAGGGGGACUAUACAUUUAAUACAACACUGAGUGUCCACUUAGAAGAAAACUUCAAGUUCAGGAAGUUGUGGUUGCAUUGCCUUUACAUACCUGUCAGAAGUCGUUCACCAGAAUGGAAGCCCUUAGCGGGAACACUUGUUAGAAUCAAACUGAAGGGCAGGCAGGGACCCAGAAUCUGUGUGUUUACCCCCAAAACCCUUGCUGUAAUUGUUCAAAAAUUUGAAAACUUUGAAAUCAAAGGGGAAAAGUGGUGUAAUUACCUUAUAUAUUUAGUCUUUUCCUAUGUUUUUUAAACUUAAAGCUAAUAAGCCCUGUGUUCACAGAAAGGUGGGAAGCCUAGCUACCACCGAAAUCUCCAAAUGCCUUUUCUAAUUGCUUUGUACAAUUUCUGUCAUCCUAAUAUGUAUUGUUGGAUUUUACUUCAUGUCAUAGCUAGGUUUCACAGUCUAUGAUUAUAGAAGUGUUUUUUUUCUUAUAAGGACAAAAAGGUUCUAAAAGGUGUUUUGCUAUUGUACUCUCUAGAGAAAGGAUGCUAACGUAAUUCAACUUUAAUUGAUAGAGCCCACCAUUGGACCCGGUAUCUUUUGUUUUGAUAAAGUGAUAGACUUAUUUUCCAAAGGAGGCUAUUUGGUUUUACAUAAAAAUUUCUAAAAAUCAUCAUUUACAGAAAAAUAAAAGGUUGGUUAUUUUUUAA